UUUAGGUAGGACCCACCCACUUUCUCCAUUACAAAUUACGAUAAUUUGGUAUUGAAAACCUCCACAAUUUUGAUAUAAUAUUUUGCUCUACUCUGUUGUCGACGGAUUUCAACAAUUUGUCCCUUCUUUGCCAAAGCGUAACGCCCCCUUUUUACUGCAUUUUCUCCUUCGACUGACUGUCUUCUUAGAUUCUCGCGGGGCAAAUCAAGUGUUUUCUGUUAGCAAUGGGUUCGUCUGCUUCAGUGCAUAAAGACCCAAAAUCAGCAAUGAAGUUCCGUCUUGUUUUUGCUUCUAAAACUGACAAGCUCAUCAGUCCUUCACCCAUCAAAGAUAAACCUCUUGAUAAUGCUGAAAUCAAACUCCCUCAUCCUCAAAUCAAAUCACAACGUUCACCGGUCGUACCCGUAACUAGUUUUAGCGACUAUGGUAGCAAGGAGGAGGCCUUCUUUGAUUCCCAGGCCUGGUUGGAGUCAGAUUGUGAUGAUGACUUCUUUAGUGUUAAGGGAGAUUUUACACCAUCACUUGGAAAUACUCCUUCGCAUGGAAAUACACCUGUGCAUCGAGGUUUGUUGGCUAGUAAUUUGCUAGGGAACAGAACCUCUUUUGGAGAAAGACCUCCUGUUUCUUUACCGCAAUCUUCUCCAAGACAUAAGAGGAAAAAUUUACUUGAGCUUUUCAAAGAAAGCUCAAGAAACCAGAAUCCCAUUGAGCAAGAUGCUGGAGACAACCAAAAUGGACAGGCUGUUGGUCUACAGCUACCACCUAAAUCCACAUCUAGCACACCUUACGUGCUGGUGUCUAGCGGCAAGAGCACCCCCGCAGGAAAAUUCAAAAGUGAGGCCAAAUCACUGAGGUCAGUACAAUGUUGUCUUCCCAGGUUGAGUGGAAGCUUUAGGGAAAAGAGGAAGAGUAUUGAGUCCUGCAAAUAGCGUUGGCUAAUAACUAGAACCCGGCUUUCAUAAGUUCUCUAUGUAUGUAUGUGCAAAGUGCACAAGGAAUUGUGCACCUCUUGAGAUCUGCAUUUUGACCCUCAGUAGCCAAUGGAGCUUGAGGGCCAUGAGGUCAGGAGUGCAUUGGCACCCACUUACUGUGUAUAAACUUAUAAAGAACAGCUUUGUUAAUAAAUUAACAAGGACGUACUCUAUUUAUGUAUAUGUUUCUUCUCCUUU